AUGUCGCUAGGGAGCCCUUUUCUUGUAGUGAUCAAUUUUGCUAGUUCUAAUGGGAUUUUUUCGGUGUCAAGUGUUUCUUCGUGGAGUUCCCGUAAAAAGACUCAUGCUUGGCAGCCACUAACGGUGAGCAAUCUGAAUUAUCUUUGGUGUUUGGAUCUUCCGUCUAGGAUUGCCAUCUUUGCGUGGAGGUUUUUCGUAUCUCGGCUCCCAACAAUUGAUUCUCUUAUUGCAAGAGGAAUCGGUAAUAUAAGCAGCCCGAGAUGUGUGUUAUGUGAUGACCAACCGGAGUCCUUAAAUCAUCUCUUUUUCAAUUGCGAAGCCUCUAAGAAAGUGUGGGAGUGGAUAUAUGGUUGGAUUGGUGACAAAGUCCCUUUUUCUUUGGAAGACUUUAAAGACUUCCAACAAGUUCAUGUGAAGGUUAAAAGUACUAAGGUUAGAACAAAGAUUCAAUUCAUUUGGUUAUCUUUGAUUUGGAGUAUAUGGCGUAUGCGUAACUCUAGGAUCUUUGAGCAAGUUCUCUUUAGUUUUGAGGUUGUGGUUUAUAAUGUAAUGUUUCUCUCUUGGAGUUGGUUGGGUAGAAUAAGGGGAUCUAUUUCCUUGCCCACUUUUUAUGAGUGGUACAAGUAUCCCAUGGAUUGUUUCCACAACUUGUAA